GCCCCCCCGGGCACGUGUUGGAGCAGCUGCGCCCCGAGGACAUCGUGGGGGUCACGGCCAAGACCCUGAGGGUGAACCCCGAGAUGCUGCUGCAGGAGCUGCGACCCCAGAGGGGACCCCGACCCCGCUCCCCCCCCCCCGGGGCAGGGGUGGGGUCAGCGGUGCAGGAGCUGGCCCGGCUGGCGGGGGGGGCCCCCAAAGACGGGGGGCUGCCCUUGCUGGAGGCUCUGGGGGUGCCCCCGGGCCGGGACCCCGAGGCCGUGGCGGCGGCGGCCGAGCUGAGGGCGCUGGGGGGGUCCCUGCGCUCCUUCCGCUGCGUCCACAGCCCCCGAUUCCCUCAGCAGUACGCCCAGUUUGCCGCGCGGCAGGAGCUGCUGGAGCAGCUGGAGGAGCUCCAGUUCCAGCUCUCGGACCAGUCGCUGCUGCUGCUGCCCGAGUACCACCAGCGCCUCAAGGUCCUGACGGAGCUGGGGUACAUCUCGGGGGGGGCGGUGGCCCUGGGGGGCCGCGUGGCCGCCCUGCUGAGCACGGAGCAGCUGGUGCUGACGGAGCUGCUGCUCGGCAACGUCCUGGCGCCGCUGCGGCCCGAGGAGAGCGUGGCCCUCCUGUCCUGCCUCGUCACCCCCGGGCGCGGGGAACCCCUGCCCGAGGGCCUCCCUGUGCCCCUCACCCAGGCCCUGGAGCGGCUCCGUGGCGUCGCCGCCCGCGUGGGGCGGCUGGAGCAGGAGCACGGCCUCGGGCCCGGCCCCGACGACUUCGUGGCCCAGUUCGGCUUCGGCCUCGUCCAGGUGGUCUACGAGUGGGCCCGUGGCAUGCCCUUCACGGAUGUCGCCCGGCUGGCGCCGGUGCAGGAGGGGAUGGUGGUCCCUGGUGGUCCCCAGUGGUCCCUCGUGAUCCCUCAUGGUCCCUGGUGGUCCCUUGUGGUCCCUGCUGGUCCCUGAUGGUCCCUGGUGGUCCCUGGUGGUCCCUGGUGGUCCCUCGUGGUCCCCGGUGGUCCCUGAUGGUCCCUGGUGGUCCCUCGUGGUCCCCAGU